GUAACAUCAGCGGAUCCGGAAAAGAAGGAGGAGGAGGGGAACGACAUUUUAAAGAAACCAUGUAGUGUUUGUGGUUUCACGCUCUUUGAAAAGUAAUGCGUUACUUACUUGUUAACUUUCUGAUCACGCGCCGACAGUUUUAACAGUUUGACGGCUUAAAGUUGAAAUCGGCGAGCAACUGUGUCGAAGACCUGCCAGGAUGGACUCCUGGCUUCGCUUCAACUCGCAGAGUCAAGCCAAGGAGAGGGUUAUUCGGGCUGCUCAGUACGCCUGCACCCUGCUGGGCUACACGCUGCACAAAGGCGGGGCUGGAGCUCAGCUGAGCCAAACAGUUAGUCAGCUGGAAGCACAACUGAGCCUGACAAGAAAGCUGCUGCGCCUGGGGAACUCUGUGGAGGCCGUGGAAGCGGCAAAGAGGGCCAUCCACCUGUCGGACGGCGUGCUGAGGCUCUGCCUCACCAUCAGUCACCUCAACAGAGCCAUGUACUUUGCCUGCGACAACGUCCUCUGGGCGGGGAAGAUGGGCCUCAUCUCCAAACUGGACCAGCAGAAGUGGAGCCAGAGAUCCUUUAAGUACUACUUGUUUGCGCUGAUCCUCAACCUGACCCGAGACGUGUACGAGCUCCAUCUCCUCAUGGAACGCGAAGCGCACAACAGAGCAGCUAAAUCUCCUCCCUCGCGUGACCCAAGCCCCACCCUGAUCGCCCCGGACCUGUCCUCUCCCUCCUCACCCGCCGUGGCCGCCUCGCUGGCCCUGCCAUACCUGACGGCGUGGCUGCACAGACGACUCCACCUGCUGGCGACGGUGCUGCACAGCAACCCGCCGCUGCUGCUGGACCUCAUGAAGAACACGUGCGAUAUCUUCAUCCCGCUGGACCGCCUGGGGAUGUAUCCCACCGGGAAGGGCUUUGUCGGCGCCUGCGGGCUGGCCUCCUCCAUCUUUUCCAUCCUCACCCUUCUCCACCCUUGGCUUAAACUCAAGCCGUGAAGACACCACAGCGAGCAAAGUUUGGACACCCCUUCUAAUAGACAAUCAGUUGAUUUCACAGGUAACAUGUUUAAGCCUUGGCAGAGGUCUCAUCUCUCCUGUAUUAAUCCCUUUUUGGAUAUGCUUUUCAUAGUUCCUGUAAAGCAUCUUGUAGGACACCGAGGAAGCAGUAAUGACUUAAUGUUCACGCUAACAAUGCAGCUACAUGUUUGUUUUUUUAGCAUGUCUGUGUGCAUUUGUGAAAGUCAUGACUGUAACAUAAUUUUAAUGUUUUUAAACUACAAUCAAAGUCACGCCUUAUCUUUGACUGCAUUUCGGUUUACGUGGGAGAAUUAUGACGAGACUUUGAAAUAAUAAAAAAAGUUUAUUUCAGAACAAGACAUUGAAAUAAAAUCUGACAAGUGUAAGCAAUCUUUUCGUAACUCCACAUGUGGUCUUGUGGGCGGGGCGUCCAGGUGAGAACUCCAAUCAGUUUGAACGUUGAACUGUGAAAAGAGCAGAACUUUCAAUGUAAGACGAGCACCAAAGAGACCUAACGUUCAUCCAUGCUCACCUUUCAUGUCAAUCCUGGGUCUCCAUGCUGUCAUCUUCUCCAUCUCCUCCCUCUUCAAGAGCUUCAUCCUCCUCUUCCUUCCUUUCCGGGGGCUUCUCAUAGGCCUUUUCUGACGGGGUGACGAUGAUACCGUCCCAUGUGGACAUCUCGGUAGCCAGAUCUGCAAGAAAUAAUGAUCGGUCCAUAAAUACCAGGAAGAGAGGCACAGACAACGUUAGCAAAGGUUUCCCAGGAAAGGAGUGUCUUACAGCUUGCAUCGCCCUCCAGGCCCAGGAUCUUCCUGUAGCCCCCAUGGGACAGGACCCUCACCAGCGUCUGAGCUGUGAAACACACCAUGUCCUGCACAACACAAACACUGCUACGCUUAGGAAAGACACAGCAUAGUGGAACAGGAGGGAGGAGCUGAAGUAAGAUGAGAUUGUUGCAGUGGUUUAGUAUUUGUACAGCAAAUUACGUUCACAGUACAUUAGUGCUUGGAAGGGACUUGUGCAACACAGGUUUUCA